AUGGGAUCAAGAAAAAAAACUAAGACAAAACAAUAUCAUUAUUUUCCACUUUCAUUUAUCUUAUUCUAUAAACAACAUACUGUCAUUAUGUCUGAAUCGGUCUGUGACAAACUUCAGCAACAUUGUGCACUUAUUGCCUAUGCUUUUAGUCCUUCUCAUAUCAAAGAUGUUGUUGUUGGUAUGGCAACAACAUAUGAAACACCAAAAAUUAUGACAAUCAAUUCAUAUCCCAUUGCAAUAACAUGUCGUUUUGUUCAGUUACUUAUUUUCAUCUAUGCAUUUGCUUAUGUCUUAUGGUAUAAACGUGGUUAUCAAGAUCGUGAUCAAUCUUUGUUAUCAUCAGUGACACUUGAAGUCAAUGGCAUUGGAUUUCAUGAGAAUAAUUCAACGAUCAUGUUUGAUAAUGCUGAUUUUAUUGUUCCACCUCAAGAAAGUAAUGCAUUAUUUAUUAUGACAAAUCUAAUUCAGACAGAUCAACAACGAAAACGUUGUGUAGAAGGAAUGGAUAUAGAUGAUGCUCAAUGUACAAAUCAUUCACAAUGUGAAGAAAGAAGUCAAUAUCGUGAAAGAAGUAAUGGACGGUGGACAGGAAAAUGUCUUUUAUUAGAAAAUCGAUGUGAAAUCGAAGGUUGGUGUCCUGUUGAAAAUGAUCUUAUUAUUCCUAAACCAAUCAUGGGCACAUUAAAUUAUACAAUAUUACUAAAGAACUUUAUUGAAUUUGCACGUUUUAAUAUAACAAGAAGAAAUAUUUUUAAUGAGUCGAAGUAUUUCCAAACAUGUCGUUAUCAUCCAAUACAUGACCGAUGGUGUCCAACAUUUCGUAUUGAUGACUUAUUACAUAUAGUUGAAAAUGAUGAAGAAGAACGUCAUGAUAUGUUAGCACGUGGUGCUGUUUUACGUAUUAAAAUCGAUUGGAUGUGUAAUUUAGAUUUAGGUGAAAAUGAAU